UUAAGACCAGUUGUUUUUUUUAUCAGUCACUUGCCAAACAUAUAUUUUUUGGUAACUUCUUAAGGCCCAAGAAAUUCAUCCUCAUGUGACAAGUUGUUGAAUUUGUUGUUUCCCCAUUCUCAUAUUUUCUGGGUCACAAAAUUGUGUCUGUUUUCCCUUCUUUAAAACCCAAUAUUCAUAAUCUUCUGCUACUUCAAACAACUCUUCAAAGUUCCCAUUUUUCUGCUCUCAUGGAGUUCUACUUGUUUUUCGUUCUGCCUUUAUGCUUUUUCUUGGGCACUAAUGCUGCACUUUUCACUUUGGAGAACAAAUGUAGCGACAUAAUAUGGCCAGGAAUCCAACCAGGAGCUGGGAAGCCUCAGCUGAUGAAUGGUGGAUUUCAGCUUAAGCCUGGUGAGACUGUAACGAUCAAUGCGCCUCCAGGAUGGUCAGGCCGAUUCUGGGGUAGACGUGGAUGUUCCUUCGAUGUCUCCGGGAAAGGGACUUGUGAAACGGGCGACUGUGGUGGCAUACUCAAAUGCGCAGGGGCAGGAGGUGUCCCACCUGCUACACUUGCAGAGUUCACCUUAGACAGUCCUUUAGAUUUUUAUGAUGUUAGCCUUGUUGAUGGCUAUAACAUGCCGAUUUCGAUUACCCCGUACGGGGGGUCCAGUGCUUGUCAAACGGUGAAAUGCCUGUCGGAUUUGAAUCAACAAUGCCCUGGUGGUUUGGAGAUGAAGAAGAAUGGUACGGUCGUUGCUUGUAAGAGUGCAUGCUUGGCUUUCGACAAACCGGAGUACUGCUGCACUGGGGAAUACGGCAGCUCGCAGACAUGCAAGCCGACGGUUUAUUCAAAAGCAUUCAAGUUAGCUUGUCCAAUGGCUUAUAGUUAUGCAUAUGAUGAUGCAACAAGCACAUUUACAUGCCAGAAAGCAAACUAUUCAAUUGGAUUUUGUUGAAUGAAUGAUCCAUGAUUUGGAUCUUACAUUGAACUUUUUAACUUAAAACAGUUUCUAUUACACAUACAAUCUCCUAAAAUCCUAUAACUUUUAAACAAAGUAGACAA